AUGGAUAUGCCAUCAUGUGAAUUUAAGCCUGAACCUUACGAGGUGAAGAUAACCUUUUUUUUUCGUUUUAAAGAUAGCAAACUAAGAGAAAUACAUGAGUGAUGACGCUCAAGAUAAUGUAAACUGCAGAUUGAAAGUACAAAUUUUAAAUGAAGAUAUGAUUGAUAGAUAGAAAGAAGAUCAAAAAACAGUUCAGUUGCCAUAUUUAUUUUAAAUCAGCUGAUUUAAACUUGUGUCAGUCACAAAAUUUUAUUUAACUUUGCACAACUUGAACUUACUCAGCUCUAAACUGGUUUUAGAAAUUUUCAAGACAUGAUUUUGUCUUUUCUUUUGUUGUUUCCGUAUUGUAAUGAUAAGAUUAUAUAAAAUUCUCUUAUGAUAAUCCUUAGUAGUUAACUUGAUUGUAUUACACAGAACAGUAUUUCUUGCAUUAAUUUUCACGUUUCUAUAACCUGUUUUAAUUGUGAGCAUUGCAAUUAAACUCCCACUGAGGAUGCUAAUGGUUGUUUACAAGAGUUGUGCCAGUAAAAUGAGCAGCUUUACAAGAGAUACCUUUUCCUCUUUGUAAUGGUUUUCUGUUUACUUAAGUGUCAUUUCUAUUUAGCUCUCUAACUGUUGUGUACUUAUCAAUUUAAUUAAAAUAAUGUCAUAUUUUCAAAUUAUUUUACUUUGUAAUGAUUUCAUCACCAGGGGAUCACAUUUGAACAUGCAAAAGAAGUAAGGAAAACCAAUCUUAACCCAGCUCUGUUCACAUAUUACAAAAACCCAGUAUUCAUCACAAAGGUAUGGCUCAAGUUGGCAGGUACAAAAUACGUGCAUACAUGUAAGCUAUACAUAUGUAUAUGUUACAGGCCAAAAUUAAAUUCAGGUUGAUUCUCAAUUUCCUUUGUCUCCUAGCCGUAAGAGACAUAGGAAAUUGAGAAUCAUACAUAUACACAUAACAUAAUAAAAUAUAAUUAUAUUAUACAGCUAUAAUCUUCAAAAAAACGUUGUCAGUAUGCAAUAAAUUGAGGCAUUAGUACAGUAGGAAAAGAAGAUGCUAACAUAGCAUGCACACUAGACAGAUUUGAUGUACAUCAAUGUACUACAAGACAACAAACAAAGAAAAACAAAGUUAUGACCAGUACAUGUCUAGGCCAUGAACAACUGCAACAACAACGUUAAAAGAGGGGUGUUGUUACUUUAAUAAUGGAGACAGCAAACACAGAAGUUCUGGGGAGUUAAUUGUGACUAGGCCGUGAGCUCUGAUCGAUUAAUACAUUUUUCAUUUAAUGCAGCUAACCUACAGCUGUAGCCAUUAGGCUACAAUCACUAUCAUUGCUACUUGCUGGUACCAAGCAAAUCUGGUUAUAAUAUUGUUAAGUCUUAUAGUAUUAAUUUUUCUUAGCUUAAGUAGUACAUUGAGGUGUGUUUUGAACAUUUUUGCCUUCAAGGGUCACAUGCAGUGGCUGUGGGAUAAUAAUGACAAGAGAUACUUGGACUUGUUUGCUGGUAUUGUGACUGUCAGUGUAGGACAUUGUCAUCCGUAAGUUAUAUUGACAGAUGUUGCAGUUACAGUCAAACCCAAACCUCGCUAAUACAGACACUGAGGGGGCCAUAAAAGGUGUCCAUAAUUUUAUUAACUUUGCCAAACAAUAAGAUAUGUAAGUGACACUACAAAAAAAGGUGUACAUAUAUUCACAGGAGUAUGGUCGGGGACUCCGCAACAAUGAGUGCCUAUUACUGCGGGCCCAAGAUACAGAUCGCUAAGAAAUCUAAAACAUUACUACAAUACUAUCUAAAAACAACACCUGAUGUGCCAUCCAAAACUAUGGGCAGUGUUACAGGUCAAGGAUAUAGAUUUGAAAGAGCGAGGGUCAUCAGGGAUGUAGGAAGUGACAAGAGCUUGUUUGUAAUAACCGUAAAGGACAGCUUUAAAGAACUUGAAGAACAAGCAACAGAUAGUCCAAAGUCUGCAGCAAGAGCACUCCAUAUUCUACUAGUUCUGUUAAAAAGCGAUCUUUGAAAAGUUGUUAAUGUUUUACAGUUCCUGAUUAAAAAUAAAGUUAUAUCCAGAUUGCUAGUGUAAUCUAGUGGUUCUUGUUGGUGCGCAUAUCCAAGGAGUAACAGUUGGAUUAAUUUCAACAUGCCCAGUUACAGUCUUAAAGAAGAAUUAACAGGAUGUCUGUAUAGGGCGGGUUAAAUUUAGAGAAAAUGUAAGGGCUUUUUUUCCCAAAGGAACAAAGCAAACUGUCCAUUAUGAGUUGUCCAUAUUAAGUUGUUGCCCUUAAAGCAGGGUUGAACUACAUGAGUAUUAUUUUUGUGUCUGGAAGGGUUACAGUUGCAUGUUGAGCUUCUAAUAGUAAUUAACUUCUAAUAGUUGGAAUUUAUUUCGGUCAAUUAAUGUUCAUAAAUUCUUUUUUUUGGCAAUUUAGCUGCUGUCUGUAUUCCUGGGAUGUCAAGACAACUCACUGUAUAUUUAGCCUUUAUACAACCAGCCUGAUCCCCUAAAAAAAUCAGGUUUUUUUGCAUGUACAUGUAAUAAUUUUUUAAAUUAAUUUGUAUGUUGAUAAUAUUCCAUUUAAAGACCAGUACCAUGUAACUAAAUUUUUCCAUAUUUAAAUUUUUUAGCGGGAUGUUUGGAGGUGGAGAUUAUUAUUAAAUUACAUGUACUAGGGAAUGGUAUGCCUUUCAAAUUGUUAAUUUUAUAAGCACACUGAGCAAGGUCUAGAGAAAAAAUAUAUAUGGAGUCAGAGGAAGGAAAUGAAUUUGAUCCUUUUCUCACAUUUCCACUCUAAAAAACUAAUCCCUUGAUUUAAUAACCUUACAUGUAGUUAAAUUAACCAUAGAAUGCUAAUAGCCUUGCAUAUGUUACAUGUAUGUACUAGUACUUUCUGACUAGCUGUACUAGCUACUCAAGCACUGAUCAUUACUACAGUACAAUAAUACAAUAAUUAUUAUAAAUAUAUUCUUCCCUGUAGCCAUGUGACAAAUGCUGCUAAGAAGCAAAUGGACAGUUUGUGGCACACAACAAACAUCUACUACCACCCAACUGUUCAUGAAUAUGCUGAACUGUUAGCUUCAAAGCUACCUGGAAACCUUAAGGUUAGAAAUUUAAGAAUUAAAUGUAGAUUUUAAAACAAAUUAGUCUUUGAAUACUGUUUUGUUGGACUGUUACAAGCAAAUUUCUUGACUGGAAAAGUAAAAUUUUGGCUUAUCGAUGUGAAAACUUCUAAAAUUACUUUUUAGAGAUCCUGUUGGUUAAUCUUUUAAAAUUCCUGUUAUUUUUUACAACAUAAGAUUUUAAUAUAAGUGCUAAGAUCUAUAGAAUUAUUCACAUUACAUGUAUGCAAAAUAUUUUAGAAUUUUUUUACGUCUCUAAAGUUUUUUAAGUUCACGUUUUUAUUUGUUAUAGGCUCCUUUUCACAUUUUAGACUCUGAAGUUAGAAUCAAAGCAUUAACCAGGAAGAUAGCUAGAUAGCAAGCUUUUAGGUAGGAAGAAAAGCCCACCAAAGUAUAAUAAAUGUUUUUAUGGGUCUUAACUUAUUUGGCAGAAAAGUACUUUUGAAUACAAGAAAUGUUAUUCAUUAUUUAACUACAUACAGUGAAUGUACUAUUGUACAAGUAUUUUGAAGUGCGUGAGAGUUGUUGUAAUAAGUAAACACAACUUUUUGUUUUGUGCUGGUCAACAUAUACAGCUGACUAGUCCAGUUUAUAAUAAUAAUCAGGGUUUGACUUUAUGGUCACAUGUGACGGAUCGCAGUUCACAGGUCGUGGGUUAGUGUACAAGUUAACUAGGGUGUAAAUGUUGCACAGUUUUAGAUGUCCCCCUUAGGAUUUUUAAUCAUUUGCUGUCCAAAUCAUUUGCAUAUUCUUAACCAGCCUGUGACAAAAUUUGCAUGUAUUUUGUUACUAGGUGUGUUAUUUUGUUAACAGUGGUUCCGAAGCCAAUGACAUGGCAAUUAUGAUGGCAAGAGCCCACACAGGAAACUUUGAUUUCCUUUCUCUCAGGUAAGAGCUUCCCUUUUCCUGUGAAUGGUUUGGUCUGUUGAUUGCAUGAGGUGCUGUAAAUAAAUAACUAUUUAUAGAAUAUACUUGUAGCAGUUGUUGUAUCAUGCUUCAUGCUAAUGAAUCCGUGAUAAGCUCCAGCCGUUUGAGCCUUUGGCUCAUGUGCACCCUUAAUUUUUACCUUUUUACGGUAGUUUUAAAAAAAGACCUUCGCACAUGCAUAAAGCGGUCUCUGAUAGAUCAUAGUUGAAUAUAGUAUUUUGAUAUAACUAUGACUAGUGUACAAUGUCACUGUGCUAAUUAAAAAAAUUACAUAACUCCACCCCUCAAGAAAUCUUUUUACCCUUCCACAGUCCUUCAAGGCCCUCCUUCUCUCAGUUUUUCAACAUGUCCUGACCACUAAAGGCCAUUUUUGACAGUGAGCCGUAUGAACCAACUGUUUGGAUGUUACUGAUUAUAGUCCUGUAUCAUGAUAAUUAUGGUGUUUCUUGGUGUAUUAGUGGUGGUUGACAUUGUUGUUUUAAAAAAUUCAGGUUUAGUACUUUGGAGUAAACAAAGCCAUGGAGAAAACAAUAGUAAUAGUAAACAGAAAUAACACAUUGUGGUUUUACAUGUAGCUUACUUUUUUUAAAAAGUUUCUUUAAAGUAUUUGCAUGGCAAUCCAAACAGAGGAAUGUUUAUCCAUAAGUUGUUAAAUACAACAGUAUAAUUCCACUGCAUCUCCUCACAGUACUUAUAAGCUCCGAGUUAUGAGUUUUGUUUUAUAAAAUUGGCUUUACGUAUAUGGCUCUACGCUCACUUUCCAGUUUGAUUGCAAUUAAGUGUUACAUUUGUUGUAGGAAUGCAUAUCAUGGUGCCAGUCCCGGAACUCUAGGAAUUCUUGCUCACAAUACAUGGAAACUUAAUGUGCCACUGUCCUUUGGUUUCUUCCAGGUAUAGUUAAAAUUGUGCAAAAUUUAUUUUGCUUCAUGUACUGGUAAUCGUCUUGAAGCUAAGGAAGUUCAAAUUUGAUGGGUAACAAUUUAUCACAGGUUCAAAGAUGAGAUGCACAGUACUUAAUGAAAUCUAAGAUUUUGUUGCCCUGUAUAAGCCAGUUUACAUGAGUAAGGGUUACUUUUUUGAGUUGUUGAAUAUAGUAUUUUAUUAGAACCAUCAUGUUCUUUAAGAUUAAUUCUACAACCAGCUGCAAAUAUGUUGAGACAUUCUGACGUACAACCAGCCUUUUUUACUUAAAAUUUCUGCUAUAAGUCACACAUCUGUGAGAUAUGAUACUUAACCUUUCCCAAUCACUCCACUUCAUUUAAAGUUGUUCCUCCAUCUUGGGUUGUUUCAUUGUAUCAAAUUGUAGUAACUUUGACAUUAGGGGAGGGGCGCCAGGGGACAGGCUAUCAAAGCCUAAAUGUGGUACAGUGUUUCAAGUACACUUGUUAAUUUUUGCUACUGGUUGUACAAUGUAGCAUGCAUGGAUUCUAUGCAAAUGAGACCUGUCCCAAGCAAUUCCAAAAAAAAAAACUUCAUUUAAAGCGUACAAUGUAGGCUAGGACACAGAGGACCUUUCUGUUCCUGUAAUUUGAGCUUAUGGAGUUUCAUUGGAUUGCUACUAAUGAUAACACAAACACUUUGCUUUAUAGACUAUGAAUGCAGAUGUGUAUCAAGGCCCAUGGGGUGGGGCUAAAUGCCGAGACUCAAUUGCACAGGUAAGGUGAUUUGUUUUUAAAGGUCACUAUCAUUAAACAGUUUUGGAAUUGUAUAAGCCUGGCCUGGCUGUUCCCACUUUCAGCUUUCAACCAUCCAAUGCAACCACCGCCCGGUUAGCUCGGUUGGGAGAGCACCCAUCUGCCAAGCGGGAGGUUGUAAGCUCAACCCUGGCUGGACCAACAACCAAGGUCUUUAAAAAAGCUUGUGCUGGCUGUGAUUUGAGAUUUCUCAAUUCAGAUUAUUGUACUCAUUGGGUAUCCUUCUUUCAAUAGUCAAACCAAAUGGGAUGAAAUCAGAUUUACUAAUAAAAUUUGAUUUGUAUUUUUUUACUGUAGGCAGACAGGACCUGUGACUGUGCUGCAGGCAAGUUGGGAAAUUAGUAUAGUGAGGCUACAUUAACCAUAUCCUAGGGCUAUGAAAAUAUGGCCAUAUAAGGACGUGGUUGUAGUAACAAUGUUCUCAAAUUAGAAAUGACUGAUUGUGGGGUUUUAAUGUGUCAAAGACGUGUUGUCAUAGCUAAUUAAAAGUUAUUAAAUAAAAACCUACAAACAAUGCUCUCAACCAACGUCUACUUUGGAACCACUUGUUAUAAAAAGUAUAAGAGUAAUUCCAAGGAGGGGUGGGUAAGGGGGUGUUGGGUGCUCAAGGUUUAGCUCAAGGUUGGUUAAUGGUUUGUUACUUUGUACAUGUAGGUCAGUGUAUGGCAUCCAAACUUUAUGUUGAUCAACUUAAAGAUGUGUUGGUACACUCUACGAGCAAGAAAGUUGCAGGAUUUAUUGCUGAAGUCAUUCAGGUUAGGCUAGAGCAAAAUUCCUGUUUCUUUCUCAGCUUGCUAGUUUUUGUUAAAGGCAAUGAUUUCCUUGGCUAGAUGCAGAAAAAAAAACAGAUUGUCCACUCGAAGGAAAAUGCCUCCAAUCAAAGUAAUCUACCAACUGAGCCACGGUAAACCACAGCGACAUCAACUGAAACUUACGUCGGACUGGCAACAAACUUUAAGGAACGUUACAGAAAUCAUCAGUCCUCCUUUCGACGCUCGAACAGAAGAAAUGAAACGGAAUUCUCAAAAUAUAUUUGAACUUUUCAAGACUCUAAGAAACCUUUCCAGAUAAAAUGGAGCCGUUUUAAAGACAUGUAAACCCUACAGCAACAUAAGCAAAAAAUGUAAUCUUUGUCUUUAUGAAAAGUUCAUCAUCAUUUGUAAAAAAGAGCUUUGUAGCCUAAACAGGCAAAACGAACUAGCGAGUUCAUGCCCCCACAGAAACAAAUAUGUACUUCAGAACUCAGUAGAGUAACGUAACUAAGGCACAAUCCAUCUAUUAGCUAGAUACAUUCUCUUAACGCAUCCCUAUAACAACCACCCAAAUUUGCCUGCCAAUUUUGAAUCGUUGAGGUUACCUGAUGAGUGUGGUCCUACAAUUUCGGACCAUACGAAACAGCACUUUCGCAAUAAACGAUCGAUGACUACUCCUGAAGCCUGAACUCCUGUGAAGUUAUAAAUAGUCAAUGCUCUUCAAUUAAAUGAAUUAAGCGCUCUACGAAAUACAUUCUACCCAGAAAACAAGUAUAUUUUUUUAGAAUGGCUAUAGUCAAGCUGGAUGUUGUUAGAUUUGACGUGGAAUAUAAACGCCCUUGUUCUUGGUCACUUGUAAGAUCUUACACAUGUCAUCGCUCAUAGCGCAAACUUAAUAUUUCCUUUUGAUAUUCAUAUAUGCUGAUAUAAUUGUGUAAUAUAUAGGUAUUAUACCUUUUUCUUUCUUUUCUUUCAUUUUUUAUUUCUUUUUUAAAAAAUUUCUACUUAAUUAUCUAUAAGGUUAUGAAACCCAGUAAAGUUGUUAAAAAAAAGAAUGACUAUUCAGAAGUAUAAAAAGUGUGAUGGCGAAAAGACAAAAAUUGUACAGUACGUCAUUUAUGAAAUAUUGUACAAGCAUAAUAAACAUUUUCUUUAAACAUGUAGUGAAAUGGCUAACUAAGAAUAGUAUUGAAACCAAUAAGUUACAUGUAGAUUUUUGUUUUUUGUUUUUAGUUUUUUAGCACAGUUUUAAAUUACAGCCAGUUCAGUUAACAAUAAGCCAUUUAUUGCUGCAGAAUGCUGUAGGAUUUUGUUUUUGUGAAAAUAAAGGUUCUUUAAAUCUCACUGAGCUAUGUAAAUUUAAAUAAGAAACAUAAAACAAAACAAAUAACUAAAAAUCUGCAGGCGGAGUCGUUUGCUAAUAGUUUAUUGGCUAGCUCUAUUCAUAGAUAAACCGGCUGUCAGAACCGAUUGUAUCAGUUGUCCAGUUAACAAUAACGCAAGAUUUUCGCAAAUCGUCCUUCGGACAACUUUACUCUGGUACGUUUGGUACGUAGGUGUAAUAAUAUGAUACCAUCGUGAACUGAUGAGCUUAUUUAAAGCGAAAGGAGAUGAAUAAUUAUGUUCUAUGGUUAUUCCCUGCAUGUUCAUGAAAUUGUUAUCCAUUGUUACAGGGUGUUGGUGGUGCAGUUCAUCUUCCUAAGGGAUUUCUUAAGGGUGCAUAUGAGCUGAUCAGGGAGCGUGGAGGCGUCUGUAUCUCAGAUGAGGUGUGGCUGAAAUUAACGUAGAACUUUUCUUAUACACUGUAAGUAGCUUUUUUGAACAGUCAAAUACUCACCUUUCUCUAACCUUCUAGGUUCAAACAGGAUUUGGUCGCCUCGGAAGCCAUUACUGGGGUUUUGAAACUCAAGAUGUUGUUCCAGAUAUUGGUAACACUUUAUGAUACUUUUUAGGCUUUCUUUUACAAGGCACUCUUGCCACUAGCAUCGGUGUAAAAUUAAGAAGAGACAGCCUCUAAUUUGAAUAAUUAUGUUGACUAUAAAAUGCCAUAUGUCCAUGACCAUUAACACGAAUCCUCUUUCCAGCGCUUCGUUUGCUAAUUACAUACAGUAUUUUACGAAAUAAAAUUUAGAUUAUUUCUAUAAUUUUGAAUAUCAAUUGUAUCUAUUUUGGCACUGAAACUUUUACCGUUUACUGUAACAGUGAUAUACACCAUAAAGUAGGUUCUAACUGUUACAUGUAGGUGUAUGAAAUCGUGAAGUAAUUACCGUGUGGUGUUUUUUCUUUCUUUAGUUACCAUGGCAAAAGGUAUUGGAAAUGGUUUCCCAUUAGCUGCAGUAGUAACAACUCCAGGUAAGAAACAGGGAUGGAGGGGGAUGGGGUUAGUAGGGUUAGAGGGGGUGGGGGGGGGGGGGGGGGGGGGGGGGUGGGUUGGGGGGGGGGGGGGCCAAGAAAUGGCUUUUUUCAGGGGCCAGUAAAGUGGCCACGGUUUAAUGGUGUAGUGAGCAAUAUGUUCUACGGUUUUUGUGCAGGUGUAUUUUUUUUUACUAGGGGGGGGGGGGGGGGGGGGGGGGGGGGGGGGGGGGGGGGGGGGGGGGGGGGGGGGGGGGGGAGGUGAAGGAGUUGAUUACUGGCUGGCGAGCCACAAACAUGCGUAGUUACCAUGCACAGUACAAUUGCCAUAGUUAUAUGCUGCAUAUCAGAAUGUUGUUUUACGGUUUUGAGCAGCUGUAUUUUGUUUUCCCUAUCGGCAUUUUGGACAACUUGAUAGCCAUUUUGUUUUAGCCAGCUCAUUUGACGCUACCACGGGGGCCUUAAGUUCAAUGAUCGGAGCUAUGAGUCACCAACGUUCUACGACUAACGUCAUCUUGUUGUUGAUGUAGAAAUAACCUUCUUAAAGUGGAAAGUAAUCACAAAAAAAACACUGAAAGACUUUGAGAGACUUUGCCGAUGCAACGGGUAUUGUCGGAGUAUUGUGAAACUCUUGCUGAAAAGUCCAUUUUCGAGUUCGCUAUGACCGCUGAAUUAAAGAAGUGAAGACGCAUUUUUUACAGCUUUAGCCUCGAUCUGAAAUAAUAUAUACACAAAUUCCAACGAGAAAAAGAUCUGUUUAUUAGUCUGUCUAUUGUGUAUAUUCAAAUUUCAAACACUUACUGGCCAGAAUUUGUGAAUAUUUUACUUUACGUCGAGGCUAACCCUGUAUGAAUGUGUCGUUAAUGUUUAUAUUCAGCGGUAAUUUUUAAUUCGAAACUGGACUAUUGACAAGAUGUCGCUGGUCUUAUUUAUCCUUGCUGUUAAGGAAAAAUAAUACGAAUUUUCGAUUUCUAUCGUUUUAAAUCAUAAUAUUAUUUAAAGCAAUAAUAACAAACAGUAACCAGUCCGCGUCGGCUCAAAAUUGUUUUAUUUUAUGUUCCAGAAAUUGCCCAGAGCUUUGCCCAAGCAGUUCAUUUCAACACAUAUGGUGGAAACCCUAUCGCAUCAGCAGUUGGAAAAGCUGUUUUAGAGGUACUGAAGUAGCUUGGUCACAAAGUUAAAAUUAUUUUACUUAAUUUAAAAGAACUACAACAGGAAAGAAAAAGAAAGCUGAAAGGGCAGUUUUGAAACUACAAUUACUCAGUAAAGCUUUACUAGACUACGAGUAGUCCCCUGUUUUUCCUCAGGGAUAGUAGAGCGUGGGUUGAUUUUCACGCGCGCUCGCGUUUUGCUCGCUCUACUAUCCCUGAGGAAAAAUGGGGGACUACUCGUAGUCUAAGCUUUACAGAUUCUGAUUCUUGGGUAGUUUGAGCAGAAAAUUGUCCUUCUUCAGUCGCGUUUCAGUCUAGGAAGAUAAGUCACCACUCAUGUUUGCACUUUUUUUGUUGACAGGCCAUAGAUGAAGACGGAACACAGAAGAACUCUGAGGUGGUGGGAACGUACUUUAUAGAAAAACUUCUUGCUCUCAAGAGUGAGUUCCCGGAUGUUGUUGGUGACGUCAGAGGCAAGGGAUUGAUGAUUGGCGUGGAACUUGUGACUGACAAAGUAAGCCUACAUCUACCUGACUUGUACUACUUAAAUUGAGGUAGUCGCCAUAGUGCAUAAAAUCCUUGCCUGCGUUCAAGCGUCUUCAGAAGGCUAUUCUAGGCUGUACCAAUUUGUCCUUGGUCCUUACACGCUUUUUCAUUCUUUUUUCGCAAAAUGUAUCUAUUAAACGUUUUUGUCAUAAUCCCAAAAUUAAUUCAAUUAUUGCUUGUUUCGUAUUACCAACUUUCAAGUGAAUUGUCAUAGAUAAAAAGUCUUUCUUAAUUCAAGUUGGGAGUAUACUUUACCAUUUAUUUCGUUGAUUGACUCAUUUCGUGGUUCUUUUCUUUUUUUCUUUCGUAGGUGCAUUUGCUUUAUUUAGCCCCCUCAUUUCAGUGAAAUAAGAUAGAUUACGUAUUGAAAUACUUAAAAAAGUAUUUUGAAAUUACGGUCACUCUACUGCGCUAAUUCAGCCCUUUUCUUGCCAAGUUUAUGUAUUUUGGUCACUAAAAACUAUAUAGCAACACUGAAACUGUUUGUUUCCCUUUUUGCGGUGGUAAAUUGCCCAUUUUUUCAGAAAUAUUUUUGAGACAGCGUUGAAACAAAGUAAAGGCAAAUAUGUUUGAGUGCAGUUACACGUCCCUGCAGCACCAACAGCCGAACCUCCACUAACGGCCACUUUUUUUUGUCCUGGUGGACAAUCAAUCCAUACAUAGACUCCUGUUUAAACCUCUCUAUAACGGCCACCUCUUUAUAACGGCCACUUUCUUCUAUCCCCACUUUGGCCGUUAUGAAGAGGUUUAACUGUAUUUUGUAAUUGUAAGAUUGUUUGUUUUGUCGUUAUAGGAGUCAAAGACACCGUUGCCACCCGAGAAGUUUGUUCCGAUCUGGGAGGAUUGUAAAGACAUGGGAGUACUAAUUGGUAAAGGAGGAUUAUAUGGCAACGUAAGUAUACAAGCUUGUGUCAAGCACCCUCCCGCGCCGCCCCCCCCCCCCCCCCCCCCCCCCCCCCCCCCCCCCCCCCCCCCCCCCCCCCCCCCCCCCCCCACCCCCCCACCCCCCCCCCCCCUUUUCCCCCCCCUCCUUCCUCCCCCAAACAACGCCACCCCCCCCUCCCCCCCCUUAAAAAAACUUUUUUUCCUUUUUUUUUCCUCGUAUUUUUUUUUUUAUUAAACAUCCCAUAAACCCCUUAUGUUUUUCUUUCCUUUUCUAUACAAAAAAAAAGAUCUUCUCNGUUUCCCUUUUUGCGGUGGUAAAUUGCCCAUUUUUUCAGAAAUAUUUUUGAGACAGCGUUGAAACAAAGUAAAGGCAAAUAUGUUUGAGUGCAGUUACACGUCCCUGCAGCACCAACAGCCGAACCUCCACUAACGGCCACUUUUUUUUGUCCUGGUGGACAAUCAAUCCAUACAUAGACUCCUGUUUAAACCUCUCUAUAACGGCCACCUCUUUAUAACGGCCACUUUCUUCUAUCCCCACUUUGGCCGUUAUGAAGAGGUUUAACUGUAUUUUGUAAUUGUAAGAUUGUUUGUUUUGUCGUUAUAGGAGUCAAAGACACCGUUGCCACCCGAGAAGUUUGUUCCGAUCUGGGAGGAUUGUAAAGACAUGGGAGUACUAAUUGGUAAAGGAGGAUUAUAUGGCAACGUAAGUAUACAAGCUUGUGUCAAGCCCCCCCCCCCCCCCCCACCCCUCCUCCCCCUUCCCACCACAGACCACAGACACGUGACUCAUCUUUGCUCUCAUCUCUUUCCUCACAAAAACUAGGGCAGUCACCCUUCCAACCGUUAAAAUAAAUUUUUACUGCUUUUUGUUCCGAGGAUAUUUCGUGUUAACAAAAACGUCAAAUUCGCCAUGUGAUUGGCGUUACCAUUGUACAUAGAAAGAAAGGUCUUUCCCCUAAGUCAAAAAUAUUCCGCGUCUAAGAAUCUUAACAUGACAAUGCAAAUCGCUUGGCGACUGUUAAUGGUAAUACUUUCAAUGGGAUAACUUGGAUUUUUUUUCCGAUUCGCCUGUGUCACUGGCAAACAAAAAAAAAAGGGAGGAAGAAGAAGAACGAGAAAGCCCCAAUCUUACAAUUUCUGAGUACAACCCUUAAAAUUCCUCAUUGGUUAUAAAGAUUAUGACGGUUGAAACUCUUCAUUUCAACACUCCCCUUCUAUAAGGGACAGUUUCAUAUAUAUGACCUCCCUCUAUAAUAAGGACACCUCUGAACUCUGUCCCUUUGGUUUUGUUCUUUUAACAGGUUUUGCGAAUCAAGCCUCCUAUGUGUAUUAACAAGGACGAUGUUGACUUUGGUAUCGCAGUUUUGCGCACAGCUCUGAGUCGGUACACCCAAAGCAAAUGAAUACUUCACUGAAGUUAGAUAUUUCUUACACCACCGAUUGCAAUAGGAAUACAAAUGGUCAAGAUAUAAAACUUCUGCAUUUCCUUUGUCUUCAAAGCAAACUCAAACUUCUUUAUAAAGUACAAUUCACAUCAAAGGAACCGACCGGAACUUUUGGGACAGAAUCGAAUUUUAUUGAAACUCUGAUUAAUAUAUUUUUACGUCUAUGAAAAGAUGGUAUUCAAAACGGUUUGGAAAGAGCGGAGCAGCACCCCGUCUGUCAUUUCUUCAAACUUCACUUAAAUUUUAGAUCA